ACAUUUUGAAGGUCGCACAUGGAACUUAGAGCAUCUUUUAAUCACUUCUGUACAAACUGCAGAAAAUUACUUUAAGUUUUUGUUUUUUACCGAGAGCAGGAAAAAAAGAAGAAUGCAGCAUUUUCACUCUGAAGGUUCUGGCCCAGUCAUGACCCAGCAGGAGUUCUCCGACUGCCUGAGGGCAGCCCUCACCUGGAUGCAGGACGUCCAGGAGAGGCUGAAGGCCAUCGAUGACACUCAGGGUCCCCGCGACGCCCUGGAGGCCCGACUGAGAGAAACAGAGAAAAUCCAUCAGUCGGUGCAUGAAGGCCAGCUCAGGAUGGACCAGGUCAUGGUUGCGGCGGAGAACCUCCUGCAGAACGGAGAUGAAGAGCUGAGGAGCAGCACCAACGCCAAGCUGAAGGAGCUGAAGAGCCUGUGGGAGGACACCAGCACCUACAUCGUUCACUGCCACAGCCGGAUUGAGUGGGUGUGGCUUCACUGGAACGAGUACCUCAGGGCGUAUGAGGAAUUCCAGCUGUGGCUGCUGAAGCAGCAACGCAGACUGGAUGCAGAUGUGGAGCUGCAGCUGGGCCUGAAGGAGAAGCUUUGGCAGGUGGACCAGCAGCAGGUUGUGAUGAGCGAUAUCCAAAGCCAGGUGGCAUUGUUGGAGAGGCUGCUGGACGAGGCUGCAGCGCUGCACAACAGAACCCAGGACCCCAGCGUGGACCCACAGGCCCAGCAGACAAUGCAGGAUGACUACAGUGAUGUUCAGGACCGAGCCAAGGAGCGUCUGACGCUGCUUCAAACGAUCAGUGAUGAGCAUCAGAUGUUCAAAAGCCUCGCGGAAAAGUUCCAGUUUUGGCUGCUGUCGAAAACCAAAGAGCUGAUGGAGCUGAUGGAUCGAGACGACACCGCAGAGAACAAACUGAAAGCUUUAAAGACUCUGGACGACACCGUGGCCUGUGAGGAGAAGACCCUGCAGCACAUCGAAGGCGUGGCGGACACCGUCCGGGUCAGUACAUCACCGGCUGGGGCUGAGGUGGUUCAGGAGGAGGCCGAGGAGCUGAGGCUGGGCUGGCAGCGCCUCAGACAGGGUCUGUGUGAGGCCGAGGACGGCCUGCGCUGCAAACUGGACUCGCAGAGUCAGUACCUGACCCGGUGCCAGAAGCUGGAGGAGAACAUCCGACGACUCAGAGAGAUGCUAGAUGGAAUGGACCAGGAGCUGGAGGAGACCCAGGAGUCCAGGAGCUGCUCGGAGACCACCGAAGAGGAGAUGGUGGGCCAGUGGAGGAAAUACUCGGGUGUGAGGAAGACUCUGGCAGGUGAAGAAUCUCAGAUGGAGCUGCUGAAGUCUCAACUGAAGGAUCUCUUCAGGUUCUCUGAGGAUUCUCAUCACCUGUCUGACGACGUUCUGGCUGUUGUUAAAGAGCAUCACAGUGUGAAAUGCCGAGCGAACCGGCUGUGUUCGGAGUCGGAGCUGGAGCUGAGGAGCUUCCUGCAGGACCCCCUGCUGCUCUUCUCUCGGUGGAGCCACUCCGUCUCGCAGGUGAUGGAGGACUCCAACAACAUCUCCGACUUCUCCAGGACCAGCGUGCUGCUGCAGAGGAUCCAGUGUCUCCUGAAGGACAGUGUCCAGCUUCAGGAGCGUCUCAGUAUGCUGCAGGUUAAGAGGGACCUGCUGGAUUCCGUGUUCGGUCCUGAGAGGUCCGACGGGCUGCAGGAGGAGCUGAGCGCCGCCGUCAGGAACAGAGAGCUGCUGCACACUCAGCUGCUGCAGAGGAAGAGCCGACUGGAGGGUUUAAUUUCUCGAACCGAAGACUUUGAUGAGGCAUACCGGCUGAUUCUGUCCAAACUGGUGGCGUUCAGGGAGCGACUGCAGGCAGCUGACGUCCUCCAGCCCGACAUCCUCGCUAAGAAACGCCAGCUGGACCAGUUGGUGGUUGUUCAGAAGGAGCUGGAGGAUGGUGAGGCCCAGCUGAUGGCACUGGAGACGCUGGUUUCCUCCUGCCAGAGCAGCAGGACUCAGUAUGAGAAGCUGUGUGCUGAUUGGACCGAGCUGCUGAGGAGGGUCACGGUAAAAGUUCAAGAGGCCGAGGACACCGUCUCAGACCACGAGCGUUUCCACGGUAACCUGUUGAACAUGGAGAAGUGGAUGAUGGUGAUGAGACAGAAGCUGGAGUCAUUCUGCAGCACGUCAGGAGGGUGGAGCGUGGAGGGGCGCCGAGCUGAGGCUCAGAGGGCGCUGGACGAGUUCCCUGAGACCGACCUCCAGAUGCACCAGAUGUAUGUUCAGGUCCAGAAGGUUCUGAACAGAACCUCUUGUGAUGGGCAGGUCCACAUCCAGAAAGACAUGAAGCGCCUCAGCGAGCUCUGGAUGUCCCUUCAAGGGCUGAGUCUGAAUCUGCGCAGGCUGCUGGAAGGUUCCACAGAGACUGACUCUGGAUCAGCAGAGAGGAGGAUACGACUGGAAGCAGAACAUCCAGAGACGGUCAGCAGGCUCGGCUCUGCAGAACUGGAAGUGAUUGGUUCUGGUAUCGGAUCAUCAGACGGUGAUCCAGAUGCUGAGAAGACAUCCGGGUCCGGAGCAGAAGACGGCAGCAGGGGCAGCAGAGGACCCAACUGGGCCCGGUUCAAGGCCUGGCUGUCCAGAGAGAAAGAAGUCCUAGAUAACCUAGGAACCAACUGGGCAGAACUCAGCACCAAGGAGGUCCGAAGCAGACAGGAAACCCUGCAGGUUCUGGAAUCCAGAGUGCCUGAAGGUCAACAGAUGUUCCAGAUGUUGCUUCAGGAAACUCCUGCUGAAGACAAAGCUCUGGAGGAGCUUCGGUACCACUGGCUGCUCUACAAAACCAACCUGAAGGAGGCGAGCAACAACAGAACCAGGAUCAAAACCGGCUCUAAGAGGGUGGGAUCCAAACCAGUGUUGCAAAAGAAACCCGGGCUGCUGCAGCGGAUCUGCCGCCUGGCUCUCCUCCUGUGGCUCCUCCUCCUUGCUCUGCUGCUCCUCGCCUUCCUGCUGCCGCUCAUGGAUGAAGGUAGCAGCUGCUCGCUCUCCAACAACUUCGCCCGGUCUUUCAACGUCAUGCUGCGCUACAACGGGCCCCCUCCCACAUAA